UCCAUGCACGGCGCAGGCCACUGCAAGUGGUUCAAUGUGCGGAUGGGCUUCGGAUUUAUAUCCAUGACUAGUCGUGGGGGAACUCCCAUAGAUCCUCCUAUGGAUGUAUUUGUUCACCAAAGCAAGCUGCACAUGGAGGGCUUUCGCAGCCUGCAGGAGGGAGAGCCACUAGAGUUUACUUUCCAGAUGUCCCUCAGGGGCCUGGAGUCUGUACUAGUCACAGGCCCUGGGGGAGGCCCCUGCUUGGGCAGUGAGAGGAGACAGAAACCCAAGCCUCCAGCCCCGCAGCAGAGAUGGAAUCCAAAAGGAGACCGAUGCUAUAACUGUGGAGAACUAGACCACCAUGCCAAAGAGUGUGGCCUGCCGCCCCAGCCAAAGAAGUGCCACUACUGCCAGAGCGCGACGCACAUGGUGGCCCACUGUCCUCACCGCCCCCCCGGCCCCUUGUCUCCCGGCCCUGCCACAGCCACUCAGGGAAGACGCACUACUGUGGACCAGUACCCCUCUACCUUCACCACCACCUCCUACAGUCUCAGACAGGGAAACAGGCACUCGCAGCCCUCUCAGGACAGUUCCUCCCCCCUCAGCAAGUCCUCCAGCUCUCCGGAAGACCCGGCACAGAUCCAGAGGAGAUCUGGAGGACACCACAGGUUGAAACAAUCCUGAUCCACAUCCACCAUGGACGGAUGCCACCUGUUAGUAUUACCUCUGGUCCAAUAAAACCACCUUCCUUCAGUCUGAUCAGUCUCCUCCUCACACAGACACAUCCUGAUCCACAUCCACCAUGGACGGAUGCCACCUGUUAGUAUUACCUCUGGUCCAAUAAAACCACCUUCCUUCAGUCUGAUCAGUCUCCUCCUCACACAGACACAUCCUGAUCCACAUCCACCAUGGACGGAUGCCACCUGUUAGUAUUACCUCUGGUCCAAUAAAACCACCUUCCUUCAGUCUGAUCAGUCUCCUCCUCACACAGACACAUCCUGAUCCACAUCCACCAUGGACGGAUGCCACCUGUUAGUAUUACCUCUGGUCCAAUAAAACCACCUUCCUUCAGUCUGAUCAGUCUCCUCCUCACACAGACACAUCCUGAUCCACAUCCACCAUGGACGGAUGCCACCUGUUAGUAUUACCUCUGGUCCAAUAAAACCACCUUCCUUCAGUCUGAUCAGUCUCCUCCUCACACAGACACAUCCUGAUCCACAUCCACCAUGGACGGAUGCCACCUGUUAGUAUUACCUCUGGUCCAAUAAAACCACCUUCCUUCAGUCUGAUCAGUCUCCUCCUCACACAGACACAUCCUGAUCCACAUCCACCAUGGACGGAUGCCACCUGUUAGUAUUACCUCUGGUCCAAUAAAACCACCUUCCUUCAGUCUGAUCAGUCUCCUCCUCACACAGACACAUCCUGAGCUACAUCCUGAGAAACCUCAAGCAGAUCCACAUUUCUAACCAAAUGGACAGUAAAGUAUCUAUUUUACUUCCCAAUCCCUCCCAGACUCUCCCUCUACUAAACACUGUACAUCUUAGCUACC